AGAAAGAGACAGAUUUUAGGUGAAAGAAACUAAAAAAAUGGGUUGCUUUGCUUGCUUCGAUGGAGGCAAUAAGCAGCAGAGAAAAGAACAAGAGAGAUUAGCCUCUGAAGAGGCCAGAGCCAAAGCUGCCGAGGCCGCUCAGAAACGGCAAGAACAGUUUGAUAAGUCAGCUGCGGGAAAAGCUGCUCGUGCACAGAUGCAAGGGAUGGCAAAGCAAUCUGCAAAUUCUAACACAGGCGAGCCAGUUCUUAAGUGGCAGAUGAGUUGAGGUUGUGUUUGUUGCCUGUUUAACUACAACUGUUUAUUGGACCGUUGGACCCCAUUCCUGAACUUCAGAGGGAAGGCUUGCUUCAACACCUCCAUAGAGUAACGUAGCAGCUAAGUCUUUCUGCACACUUGCUAACUUCUGGGGAUCUAAAUUCCAGGGCUUGACCAAAACCC